GACAGCUGUGACGACGACGACGCUGAAAGAGAUCUGCACAGCCAGGAGCGGCUAUGUCUAUGUCUCGGAUAGGUAUACUUGGGCCACCAGUGGGCUGUUGAGUCUUGUUAGUCGAGUCGAGCUGUCCAGUCUGGUCUGGCUAUCGGUGCUGAAGGACGGUGGCGGUGUUUUGGUCAAGGCCAAAGCUCCACAGCCGUCAGAAGUCCCGUUCGUCACGGACAGCAGAGGCACACCCACGAGUGCAGGUGAUGUCUUUUGCAUGGCGACAGCGAAGCGACUUUGCCCGCAGAAUACGUUCGAGCAGUUUGCACUCAUGGUCAAUGAUCAUGAGGGAAGCCCCGACUUGGCGAGAGCUUUCCCGGCUGCUCGCGAAGCCGUCGUGCGUGAGGACACUGCUCAGAAGAACAACGAGGCCUUGCCGACAUUCUUGCCACAGAACGAGGUCAGCAAGAACACCGUCCAUGGUUACUUGAUCUACCGCAAGUACGGCCUGCUCACAUUGGGGCAGUUCACGAAGAUGUUUGGGAAGACGCCUCAGCAGCUGGGGCUCAACAUGGUCCAGCUCGCAGAUGGGAGCAAGUACUUCCUGAUAUCCCUGGCUUCUCCGCCACGAGCUGGAAUGUUUGUAAGUCUCUUUGUAUCACCCAACAUCAAGCCACAGGAGGGACUAUCCGAAGCGGCGCGGGACGGCAUUUCGAAAAUCAAAGUGUACAUCGAGAGCAGCCUGGAACGCCGAGAUGUGUUCUUGAACGGCUCGACACAACUCAUGCCGAAGCAAGGCAACGAUGUCUUUGCAUGGGUGCAGGACACCUUCGGCGACGGCAUGCCGAAGCUCACAUCGCUGCCAAAGACAGCAGAGCAGGUCGGGGCUCUCGCCGCACGCUUGGAGAACGAGCUGUCGGCCCAGAUCGAAGAACAGCUGCAGGACGAGCUUGCGGAGGAAGCUGAGCUUGACCCGGAAGCCCAAGCACGAGUCCUGCAGAACUCCUCCCUCUUGGAUGCCAUGCAGUUUCACGGAGAGCGGCCCAGCAAGAAAAAGAGAACUGCUGCCGCUACCGCCGCAGCAGCUGGGAAGACCACUGCUGCGGCUGCGCCUCCAGCGACGAUUGCGGCGGGUUUGGCUUCCGGUUCCUGCCGUCCUCCGUCGGAGAGUCCCGCCAUCCUGGACACUGGCUCAGUGACGUCCGCGGGAUCCAAGAAGGCGAAGAAGCUGGAUUCUGAACUCAGCAGCCUGGAUGAGGACAUGCAGAAAGUGGCGCAAUUCCACAUUGAGCACGGGAGCAAGUCUGGAUCCGUCAAGUCACAGGGAAAUCUUCGCAUCGAGAACUUUAUGUCACCGACGCAGGGCCAUGACGGAGGACACGCCCUCCCGGCCGUGCCUCGCCUCAGCUGUUUUGGUCCUGGUCCGGGUCCUGGUACCUGGUACUGGCACUCUGGUACUCGUAGCAAUAGCAGCAGCAUCAUUGAGAGGACCUAUGACCUAUUGAACCUAUGGAAUCUGUUGAACCAAUGGCACUGGGCCAGGAAGAUCCGUGACAACAUGGUGAAGUACGCCGGUGACUCCCAGCAGUAUCGAUUGCUGUGCUCCCGGAUUCGGAGCUGCGAAAUGACCCAGAUGCUCGCGGUAAACUCGGCCCAGACUUUGGUGGAAGCAGAAGAUGCAGAUGAACGCAUGAAGCUAAUCGAGCCCCUGUCCCCGUCACUCACAUGGUCCCUCCAAGCCAAGCUGAGUUUGAUGAAUGCCAUUCGCAUUUUCGCGGCCUUUGUGAGCGACAUCGAGUCCACUCACGGGGAGCUGAGCCAACAGCAGCGAGAGAGCAACUCGCAGGUCAUCGUGGACUGUGUGCUUCCUAGUUUGACCAAGGCUCCUUGGCAGUACGAUGCACCUUGCCUCGGCUGCCUGCUGAAUGAAUGCAUGCAGAAGUUGGAGCACACGACAGAGUCCAUCGCCACGGGCAUGGAAGAGGAGGCAAAGGCGCAGGCGGCAAUGGACGCUGUGGUGAACGAGUGUCAGAAGAUGUUGCAGGAUGCCGGAACUAUGCUGUUGGAGUUUAUGGGCUGCAACUACUUGUUCCAGGUCUUCAAAGCAAUUCUAAAUUAUCGGCCGGGCCUGAGCGUUUUCAUCAUUACCAUGCUUCACGGCCUGUCUGCGGCGAAGGAAGCGGUUCAGGCCUUGAAGGAACGGGACGUGGAGGACAUGCUCUCCGAGUCAUGGGGGAAUCUGAAUUCCACGCUUGAUCGAUGUGAGAAGAUGAUGAGGCUUAUAGCCUGCGUCUUGGCGCUAGAGGUGCCGGAGUCCAUGAAACCGAUCACGAGUUCGGAUUUCACCUGGCUGAUCGAGAAGGCGCCCGCCACUUUCCCAGAAAAGACAUUCCGGGAUGUUGUGGACUCCGAGGCCGAUUGGAGGGCUGUCUGCAAAGACAUCGUGCGGACUGCCGCCAGCACAACAAGAUUGCAGCCGCAGCUUCUGAGAACAAUGUCUUCACUCGAGCAGCUCAGUUCUGGGCAGGUGCCCUUCACAUCAGACCGGCUGGCAGGUCUUCACGAUGAGAUUGUGGAGCUGGGUCAGGGGCUGCGACAGGUGCAUGUGCAAGGUUUGAACCGGAAAGCAAGGGAUGUAUUCUGCGAUCAGACCCAGAAUGUCCUGGGUGGCUCCGUCAGCGGGGUGAGAAGCCGUGAUGUGGAAGCGUUGCUGAAAUGCUUGAGCAUCUUCAAGGACGAAAGCAGCGUGCCCGACAUCAUGAAGGAGCUUCAGGACUGGGCCAACGAUAGUGCCCAAUCCAUGGCUCUCGUAGACCUCAAGGACCUUGCCGCUGUGUCGGAAACAAACGCUUUGGCCGACCUCGCAAAAGUCCAGGCGAUCAUGCCCCGAUUGCGCAAGCUUCAGAGUGACGAGAAGACGGAGGACAUCUACGAGGCCCUGCUCUCGCUUGUCGUGUGCUGCUUCCGCACACUGCUGAAGGAGGUGAAGGAGGAGCAGGGGCGCUUGUCACAGACGACGAUGAUCAAAAGAUUGGGGCUCAUCGAUGCUUUGGCGGGACUGGUCUUUGAUGCGCAGGACAUGCGGGCGAAGGCGAUCAAGACUCAUGGCACGGUGCUCAAGUCAGGCGCCGCCCUCGCACGCUCGAUCUUCGAUUUCGAAAAGACGGGCAAGGACGUGGAAAUGAGGUUCUCUCGCGACAAAUCCAAUGCGGCCCUGCUGGGUGUCCUCCGGACCUCAUGUGUUUUUCAGCAGAACGUUGUCCAGCUCCGGACUGCGUUCGAGGCGCUGGCCGCGAGCAUCCAGAAGGAGAUGGACACAGGAGCGGAACCGAGAGCAUCGCAGCAGCAUGAAGGAUCGGCCACAGAAGGGUUGGCCACAGAGGAGGCGGAGCCGAUGGACUCGGAGGUUGAUCCCAUGAAUGCUUUGGUGGCCGUGGAGACUAGUGUCAAGGACCAGGACUCAGCUCCCAAGGAACCCGUCAGAGUCCAGAUGCUGACAUUGGAGUUGCUGGCGGUUGACAGUCCAGGAUGCUUUGCUGGACACCUCACAAGUGACGUCAUUGUGGAUGGCAUGCUUCGUGUGUUCAGUUCACUCGAUGAAAGCUUGAAAAGGCGAUUGAAGGAGCUGGACUCCGUGCUCAGCAAGGUCAUCGGGGAGAAUGACUGGAAGAAGAGCAUUGACAAUCGCAGCUCCGCCACCGCAGUGUUGGAAAUCGCCUUGCAGACAAUCGUCGCUUUGCCUCAGCGUGGAGCAGCUUUGGGCAAGCUGCUCGACUCGAUCAGCCAGGAGACCAAAGAGACCUCUGACACCGUGGCCUUCUACGAGUCGUGUCAGGCAUCCGCUUUCAGCAAGCACGAGCUGGAUGCGAGCCUCGAGGACAUCAAAUCCACCUGCACCGAGUCAAGGCGUUUGCUUUUGGAUGGCCGUGUGAUGAUCUUCGCCGAACAGGUGAUUGCACUUGCACUCAAGUUGCCCCAAGACGAGGUAGUCAAGGCAAAGCGAGUGCUCGAGGAUGUGCAUGCCGCCACCGUCGGCAAAAAAGAUGGCUUGGAUGAGAACAUGAUCCAGCCUGCGCUUUGGUCUGCGGCACAGCAGCUGAUGGGCACAAAGCCCGGCAGCGCCUGA